CCGGGGCGGAGCGCGGCGCGAUCGCGUCCCGUCGCCGAGCAACGCUCAGUGCCCUGAGCCAUGUCCGGCCCCGACCCCGGCCUGCCCGGCCGCUUCCGACAGCCCGCCUUCUACCGCGGCUACGGGCAGCCGGCGCCGCACCCCCGGUUCCGCACCACCAACCAGACCUACGGCAGCAGGGCCCCCACGGUGCACGAGCUGCCGACCUGCUUCCGCGUCAUCUCGCACAAGUUUUCGGAUCAUCUGGGCAAGGCUGGCAUGUACAGGAACAACAGCCUCAACACCUCGCUGGAGAAGAGCUACUGCACGGGCCCCGACACCUUCAUCACCGCCUACGAGCACAUGGACUUCCACCCCAGCUACAACCCCAGCGGGCCCUCGCACUGCAGGAACCUGAGCUAGGGAGGGACACCAGGGAGCCACCGCGGCUUCUCCCGGUGGGGAAACCACGCACAGCUGAGAUGAAACCCACUAAUUCACAGAACGACUGUUAUUGUUAAUAGCAUAUAUUGUUAUAUAUGUUAAUUUAUAAAGAUUUAGUGUGGUUAAACGUCAGUUAAAUAGCUCAUAGGAGCCGUCUCGCUUAGUUUAUAGGCAGCAUAUAAAUCCUAGAACAACAUAUAUCCCCUUAACCUCUUCUCUGUCACUAAUGAUCCUUUAAAUUCUUGGCUCAUGUACCACAUAUAAUUAAAAAUUAAGAUUUAAA